CUGUCCGGCUGUUCCAUAGUACACGCUCACGAGCUGGAAAACAAAGAGCUGGAGAUGCGCGUGUGGAUUUACCGGAGAGAACAACAAAAGAAGGAAGACGAAAGUAACGUCUGAUCAAAUCCUUGCGGAAAUAAAGUUCGCUUCGGACUGCCGUCUACUGCUGUCAUUUUAAUUAAAUGUAUUAAAAAACCUUUUCCAUGGACGUCUGUAAACUGGUCAUACACUGAUCUGUGCACACUUAUUCCCCCACAGAUGAGGAGCACGCGAGUGUAAUUUCACAUUUUCUCUUCAGCAAAUCACUUUUCUAAAUGGAUUACAAGGGCGAGCGAGACACAUUUGGAUAAAGAUUGAAGACCCUCAUUUUGGCCGGGUUGCAUUAGUUAAAACAUAAAAAAACAGCCAAGAUGUCUGCUCCAGAGACUCCACAGCUACCUCAAAGACCAGAGGUUAAACGGGGACCCCCGAUUCCUUCAAAGCCUUCCAACAAUACCUUGGAAGCUUCAUCUGUGGACAGCACAGACUCUCAGAGCUCUGGGAAAGUAAAAAAUAUAGUCAGCAAGUUCAGCCAUCCAGAGCCAGAGAAGAUUCCAUGUGGAGGUACAGCAAAGAGUGGCAUCAUGGACAGGAGACAACAAAAACCUCCUAAAGUAAAGCCAAGACACAUAGCCAAGCGUUCUUCUAUGACCAGUGCUGGCAUGGCACCACCUCUGCCUCCAAAGUCAAGGCAAAAUUCCACUGGCCAGAUGGAAGAGGUGGAAUACAAAAAGGCUUCUGCACUGAUUAGGCAAGAAGGAGACUUAGCUGCUGUAAUUAUUGAUGGCCGAUCAGCUCCUGAUGGGAAAGAGGGUGGCAAACUUCAAGCAGAACAGGAUUCAAGCUCUCCUCCGGAGCCUCAGUGUGAGAAGAACUGCAGCUGUGUUUGUCACCUGCAGAGGCCUGGCAUGAAGCUCAUAUGGGUGCCAAUAAGUGAAAAAGAGGAAAAUGAGGGUGAGGUUGAAGAGAUGGGACCGGACUCUGAGAUAGAGACCAGUGACAUGGAGGAUCAGAAAGAAAGAGGAGGAGAAGGAGAAAGUGAAGCAGGAAAACAGGACAAGUCAAGUAUGGAGGUGGAAUCUUUGAGUGAAUCUUUAGCUGAGGGUGAGAACAACAGUGAGGAACUGGUAACAAAUAAAGACAAGUUCCAGGAGGCCCGCAGCCUCAUAGAACAGCAGCUGAGGAGGAAAUCAGACCCUGGUCCUAAAACACUGAUCGCCUCUGUUCUCCCGUUUCCCCAGACCCCUCUAAACGCCACAAAAGCCCAAUCUUUGGAACAAGAGGAAUCCAUUUAUGAAGUUAGCUUAGAUUUGGUCACUCCACUCAGACUGCAAAAGGGGUCAGACACUCUGACAAGCAAGGAAACCCCUCCAACCAUUCCUCCUCGAAUGCCUUUGGAUAACAGGUGCGCGCCUCGCCUUGUUUUGCCUCCACCUGUUGCACGCCCUGCCUCCCCUCUGCUGCCCCCUUCCAAAUGCAGUCCACCUGCCAGUCCUCGACCACAAAGAGCUCCACCACCACCACCAUCCAAGACCUUUGAGAAUAGUAGAUGCCUCAGUAGUAAUUCUAAAGAUGAGAAUGACAGUGCAGGGGCUGAUGGGGAAAAAUGUGGAACCAAUGAGAACCCUCCACAGUUACCACGUCAGCAACAAUCUGUUGAAUUAGAAGCCAGGAUGAACGAGGACUACUUGUAUCAGUUUUACACAAAAACUUUUAUAUCCAAGGAGAUCAGGAGGACAGUGUGCCGUAACAUCAGUAAGACCAGCAUAGACUUCCAGAUUAGGCCACACAUUACAACCAGCGCAGAGAAAGGAGCUGAAGGUCCCAGAUCCAGUCCCAUUUCAACUCUCAAUCAGAACAAUUUGUGGCAGGAACGGCCAGCAGUACGAGACAGUGGUGUCCUGCAGACCCUUACCCCAGAAGAGAGCAAGUACCAAGAGAGCAUGUUUGAGGUGAUAACAUCAGAAAUGUCAUACUUGCGGUCUCUGCGUGUUCUAACAGAGCACUUUAUGGAAUCAAGUGACUUGAGUGAAACUCUCAUUAUCAGAGACAAAAAAACACUCUUCUCAAACAUCCUGCGCAUACAAGAGGUCAGCGAGAGAUUUCUGAAGGACCUGGAGGACAGACUAGAGGAGAACAUUAUCAUUACAGACAUCUGUGAUAUCAUUCACUAUCAUUCCCAACACCAUUUCCCUGCAUAUAUAGACUAUGUUCGAAACCAGAUUUAUCAGGAAAAGACCUACACCAAUUUAAUACAAACUAACACCCAGUUUGCGACUGUGAUCACCCGACUCCAAGAGUCACCCAAGUGUCAGCGACUGCCCUUCAUGUCCUUCCUAUUGCUGCCCUUCCAGAGAAUCACACGCAUUAAAAUGCUCAUUGAGAACAUCCUAAAAAGAACGGCUGUAGGUACAGAUAAGGAACAAACAGCAUCUAAAGCUCUAGAUUCUGUGUCCAAGAUCAUAGAAGAAUGUAAUACUCAGGUUGGGAAAAUGAAACAGGUGGAGGAACUCAUUCAGAUUAAUGGUAUGCUGGAGUUUGACAAGCUAAAGGCGUUGCCAAUUAUCUCUCAAACACGUUACUUGGAGAAACGUGGAGAUUUGCAGGAAAUAAAUAGAGGAGGAACAUUCCUGAAUCUCCGCCCCAAAUUCACCCCUGUCUACCUCUUUCUCUUCAACGACCUGCUUGUAAUUGCCAGCAAGAAAAGUGCUGAGCGGUAUGUAGUCCUAGAUCAUGCCCAUCGGUCCCUGGUCCAGGUGCAGACUAUGGGGGAAGACACACCUAUGUCCAGCCUGGAGAACUGUUUCUGUCUGACCCUGCUGGAGAAUCACCAGGGACGUCAGAUGGAGAGAGUUUUGAAGGCUCCCACACAAUCUGACCUACACAGGUGGUUGGCAGUAUUCCCCAAUCCCAAUGACCCAAAUAAAGAUCAAGAGGAAGUCAUAUAUGAGGACUGGGACUGUCCUCAAGUACAGUGUGUGGAACAGUACAUGGCAGUUCAGGCAGAUGAGUUAAAUCUGGAGCCUACAGAGAUUGUCAACAUCACACGGAAAACCACCGAAGGAUGGUAUGAGGGGAUCCGUCUAUCUGACGGACAGAAAGGCUGGUUUCCUGAAGCAAAUGUUCUGGAGAUCACCAAUGAGCAUGUCAGACGGCGCAACCUCCGAGAGCGCUAUCGGGUUAUCCAAGCUGCGGGUGUUGUUACCAACAAGACUCGGAGUAUACCAUAGAUUGAAAGCUCUUCAUCCUGGCAUCCUGGAAUUCCUAAAAUGGGAACAGUCUUUUAAAUGAUGGACAUUUAAUACAGACUCUGUACUGAUGGAAAGAGUUGAUUUAUUGAGGUAUUACAUCCUUUUUAGGAUCAGAAACACCCUGAACUAAAAAAAAAGUCAUUUUGGCACUUUGAACAAAAUGAUAAACUAAAUCUCAUGUAGGUGUCUUUAAUAAACAAGCAAUAUUUAAAAUCAUUUUAUACCAUAAAUCUCCAAUUUCACUUUUACAUUCUUCUUUUGUUUAUGUCAAUUUCCAUUCUACAUAUCUACACCUACUGGGCAGGGAGUAAAAUUUAAAGAGUUGAUUUAUUGAUGUAUUACAUUCUUUUUAGGAUCAGAAACACCCUGAACUAAAAAAAAAUUAUUUGGGCAAAUGAUAAACUAAAUCUCAUGUAGGUGUGGUUACCGGGGGCCCAAUAUGUUCCAUUCAGUUGUUUUGUUAGGGACCCUAUUAUGUAAUGUAUAUUGUUUCAGAGAAGUGUGUGUGUGUGUGCGGAUGUGCAUGAGCAUGCAUCCCUGUGAUCUUCAGCACUUGUUUCAAGAAUGUCAGACUACGGAAAUUCCAGUUAAAAAGAUCAGAUGGGUUAAAUGGUGCCUGUUGGUUAAAAUGUCACAUGCUCUGAUUUUUGCUGAUUGGGAAAAAUAUAAUGUGCUCUGAUCAAGAUGACUAAGGUGGUACAUUCUUUAUAAACCUGCAUGGUUAGUCUUGUUAAUGGAGGCAAUGAAUGUGUGAUAUUUAGCUUGUGUGUACUGUAAACACAAGUGUGUUGUGGUACAUGUAAAUAGGAUAUAUAUGUAUUGUACAGUUGAAUUUAAAGGGAUAGUUCACCCAAAGAUUUUAAUUCUCUCAUGCCAUCCCAGAUGUGUAUGACUUACUUUCUUCUGCUGAACACAAAUUACAUUUUUAAGAAAAAUAUCUCAGCUCUGUAGGUCCAUACAAUACAGUGAAUGGUGGUCAGAACUCUGAAGGUUCAAAAUAUAUAUACAAAGGCUGCAUUAAAGUAAUCCAUAAGAAUCAAGUGGUUAAAUCUGUGUCAUUAGAAGUGAUAGGUGUGGAUAAGAAACUAUACAACAUUUAAGUCUUUAAUAAACAAGCAAUAUUUAAAGUCAUUUUAUACCAUAAAUCUCCAAUUUCACUUUUACAUCCUUCUUUUGUUUAUGUCAAUUUCCAUUCUUCAUGCAUAUCUACACCUACUGGGCAGGGAGUAAAAUUUACAGUUGAAGUCAGAAGUUUACAAACACUUAGGUUGAAAUCAUUAAAAAUGUUCAACCACUCCACAGAUUUCAUAUUAGCAAACUAUAGUUUUGGCAAGACGUUUAGGACAUCUAUUUUGAGCAUGACACAAGUAAUUUUUCCAACAAUUGUUUACAGACAGAUUGUUUCACUUUUAAUUGACUAUAGUCACAAUUCCAGUCAGUCAGAAGUUUAUAUGCACUAUGUUUCCCAGAACAACAGCAAAGGACAUUGUGAAGAUGCUGAACAAAACAGGUAGACAAGUAUCUAUAUCCACAGUAAAACGUGUCCUAUAUCGACUUAACCUUAAAGGCUGCUCAUCAAGGAAGAAGCCAUUGCUCCAAAACUGUCAUAAACAAGCCAUACUACAGUUUGGAAGUGGGGACAAAGAUCUUAAUUUUUAGAGAAAAUUCAUCUGGUUUGAUGAUUUAGUUUUUAUUUAUUUUUUUACUUUUUGGACAUAAUGACCAUGUUAUGUUUGGAGGAAAAAGAGUGAAGGAUAGAUGAAUGAACUUUUGCUCCGUGCAUUUAAGAUGCAUCUUCCUCUGGCGCCAUCUAAGGGACAAAGUGCAUCGAUGCAGUUAAUGUACAGUAUAACGUGCUUUAUUUGGAGUAGGUUGAUGCAGCUAAAUAAAUAAAUAAACAAAUUC